CUUGGGUGAAACGAAACUUUAGGCUUUCCAAGAAGACUGUUUUGGACACAUUUAUAACGCGGCAGUUGCAAAAUAUUCUCUGAAUUUGUGCGAGAUAUAGAGAAAAGCAUGGACUUUGAUGUUAUGAAUGCCUGCUGCCUGCUAUUGCUUUUUUCAGAAUUAAUAUAAAUGUUAAGUAUCCUAAUAAAAAAUUCACUAAGAUAUUCAAGGAAGUCCAUAAUGAACUUUUGUGAUGCACCAAUCGUGGUGGUCCUUGGAGCCACCGGAGCAGGGAAGUCCAAACUAGCUAUUGAAAUCGCUGAAGAAUUUGAUGGUGAAAUUAUCAGUGCUGAUUCCAUGCAGGUGUAUAAGGGUUUAGACAUUAUUUCCAACAAGGUUACACCAGAAGAACAAGAGCAAGUUCCUCACCAUAUGAUUGAUAUUGUUGAGCCAACAACAAACUACUCUGUUGUCAAGUUCAGGGAUACAGCUUUGUCAAUUAUCGAGGACCUUCGCGGCCGUCAAAAGCUGCCUGUCAUCGUCGGCGGUACCAACUACUACAUCGAGGCGGUGCUGUGGAAGAUACUGGUGGCCGACCGCGCCUCCGAGGGCUCCAACAGGGACGAGGAUGGCGGCACGGCUGAUCAGGAUCGGUCGGAGGGUAGUGAAAACGGCCUGGGGCGCACGGUGGAUGGAACAAAGAGCACAGCUGACCGCUCGGAAAACACGGCUGGCCGACCGGAGCGCACGGCUGACGGUCCAGAAAGCGUGACGGGAGGCACUGUGGCCAGUAAAGAGGGCGCUGAGGACGUGGCGGCGGAUGGCGGGGCACGGAGCGGACGUGGCGACUGUGACCGCCGUCACCUGGAGCGUCUGUCCACAGAGGAGCUGUACGCUCAGCUCCGAGAGCGGGACCCUGUCCAGGCGCAGAUAUUGCACCCCAACGAGCGGCGCAAGAUACUCAGGUCGCUGGAGGUGACCCUGCGCUCCGGUCGGCCGAUGAGCGACCACCUGCGCCAGCAGCGGGCUGAGGCGGGCGGCGGCGCGCACGGCGGCCCGCUCCGGUUCCAGCGCGCCUGCCUGCUCUGGGUGACCGCCGACCAGGAGACCCUCGACCGGCGUCUGGACGCGCGAGUCGAUACCAUGAUGGAGCGUGGUCUGCUGGAUGAGCUGGCGGACUUCCACCGGCGGUAUAACGCUGCCCGGCUGGCCGACGGCGUGGACGCUGACUACACUCACGGCAUAUUCCAGUCGAUCGGCUUCAAGGAGUUUCACGGCUACCUGACGAGGCCCAAGGGAACCACCGCCGACGAAGCGAAGGCACUACUCGCGGAGGGCGUGGAACGGCUGAAGCUGGUGACUCGCAGGUACGCGCGCAAACAGACGCGCUGGGUUCGCCGCCGGUUCCUGAGCGCCGUCGGUCGUCAGGUGCCGCCGGUAUACAGACUGGACGCCACCGAUCCACGUCAGUGGGAGGAGGAGGUCCGCGCGCCGGCCGCUGCCGUGGUCCGUGACUGGUUGCAGGGGAAGACUCCGAAUCUGGCGCCGGAGCCGGUCGUGCCGACCAACACGGGUGAUAGAACCACGUACCACUGCGCGGUGUGUGACGUGUACACCUCCGGGGCGCAGCAGAGGGACGAACACCUGCGCUCGCGGCGUCACCAUCGCGCUCUGCACAGCCUCAAACGCAGCCAGGCAGCUGAGGGUGGCGGAGACGCCAAACGCGCCGCGCUAGGCGGUGGUAUGGAGGGGGAGGGGGUGGCGGAGGUGGGGAAGGGCGAGGAGUGUCAGACGCCGAAACAGGCGACGGUUGUAGCGGAACAGACGGCUGGGGAGGGUAAAGCGAUAACAGCGGAACUCCCCACGGAGGAAGGGGAGGCGAAAGGCAGCGUGCAGGGAGCGGCAUAAGUAGCGUGGCGUCGAGCUUGUUGACGUUAUUCGGGUUGGUUUGUAAAUUUUAGUGUGCUCCUUUUGGAAUAAGAAACGAAUUUAGGUGACAAAGUUGCAUAAUGUUGUCACCUAGUUGGUGAUAAUGUUAUUGAGCGUUUUACUUGCGAUUGUCUUUCAUGCAGGAAGCAUAUAAGAGUGAUAAAAAGUGGCUUUGUUGCUAAAAGUGUGCUAAGUUUUAGGUGAAUACAAUGUCUUCUCGUCGUA